AUCAUUACGAUGAAGCCUGGCAGCUCGCCGCUCAGCAGAAACAUGGCGGCCAGGUACAGAUCUUCAUCUGAGGAGCUCUCCCCCAGCUCAGCUGGCUUAUCUGGGGUGUGAUGCUGAUCGACAGGAAAGGGACUGGGUUGUAGAGUGGUGGUAGCAGGGAUCUGAGUCCACUUUCUUCUCAGAUGAUGGGUGCCACCGCAGGCAAUUCAUGGGGCGCCGCCCAGACGGCCUUCGCAGUCCUGUCAUUCUUUCUUUUCACCACAUUGGACUGCUUUGAUUGGGGCCUGGGCUGGUUUUACUUCUGCCUUGACGCCCUGCUUCAGGCUGACUACGACCCGCACAGCCCCCUUGAAACCUCCUUAUCGCGCGGCGGCGCUAGGCGAAGCUCGUCUGAUCAUUCAGGAGGAAGAGCCCGUUCGCAUCGCCACGGAUCAUACUCUGACGGGGUGGUGGGAACGUGCACCAAGGAGCCGCUGUCGGUGUGCGUUUGCAAGCAAUUGGGGGAGAGCGGCAGAGCCCGCCGGCUGCGCGCCAUAAGAGAUGGCAGGUGGCAUAAGUGCUCGUGCUGGGGGUGGCAACUAGAUGCGGACCGCUCGUACCGUGAGCAUCGGAACGGGCUGCAUGCACCAACUGAUGGUGGUGUGAAAAGCCCCCAGCCUACACUGCCCGCAGAAGUGGAUCCUUUAGCGGGCGCCCCAGAUGCUGGAGACCCCUCUGUUAUGAAAGCCCAGAAAACCAACCCGGUGUUGCACUCCCCCGGAGAAACUCCAGAUCAGAGUCCCGCUGCGCAAACCCCCCCAGUUCAGGAUCGACCUCCGGCGCCCUCUGAAUUCAGCUUUCCUGUGAACCUCGCCGGGUCUAGCUCAGAUGCCAAAACUGCUGACUCAUUGCUUCACGACGGGCAGGUCCGCCAUAAAUAUGCUGCAACGUCAGGAUUCCCCAACAAUCCUGACAAGUCCGGCGGGCAAACACAAAAGUCAAGAGCAACUAGGAAAGGGAGAGGGUCAACCAAGCGUGUGUACGUGGGGCGUUGGUCCGAUUGCCAGUGUCCGCACUGUAAGGAAGUUCGGAUGCAAAGUCACCGGACGCUCUUCGUGCGACAGAUUGGGCGGGGCGUAAAGAGGAGGGCUGACGCGGGGGCUAAUUUGAACGCUACCAAAGAGAGUGGGCCCAGAACCGGGAUCAAAGCGGCCAGGGGGGAUCAGAAACUUGUCGACAGUCAUGGCGGGAGGAAUGGAGUGAUUAGAAACGGGGAGCUGAAAACGACCAAAGUCGUGGCGAUAGAUGUCAGAAAGAAAGAAGGGGGGUUUGAAUCUCAAAAGCUUCUCCCAAGCCCCUUGGGAAAAAGACUUUCUAUGAACGGGGGCGUCUCACAUAUCUUAUCCCCAAGCUUGGGCAACUCUGAGUCGGGUGGAAGAGAAAAGCCGGACUUGAUCUUUCUGCACGGAUACUGCGCAUCGUCCAACUUUUGGUUGGACACAAUCUUUCCGCACCUCCCUCCAGCCCUGCUUGCUGCACGGCGCAUAUUUGCGCCUGACCUCCUAGGCACCGGAAAGAGCCCCCGGCCGCAUGACUGUCACUACACCCUCAAGGACCACGUGGAGGCCCUCGAGUCGUCCGUCCUCGCGCGCCACGAUGUGCGCGCCUUCCACGUCAUUGGCCACUCGAUGGGCUCGCUGAUGGCUGUCGUUCUCGCGGCGCGGAACGUUUCCCGGGUGCGUUCCGUCACAUUAUUAGCCCCCGUUUACGCGGACAUGGCCGCCCCCGAAAUCCCCCCCUGCGAAGCACUGAUGAACAUAUGGGCGCCCGGGAGGGUGGAAAAGUGGGGGCGACUUCCGAGGGCGUUGUGGCAGCGGUUCUUGAGCUCGAUUCCUCGCUGGUACCUUCAUUUCGCGCGCUUCAACAGCCAGGUGCUCUACUCGCGGCACAGCUGGCUCGAGGCGGCAGCGCGCCACGUGUUGCCCCGGUCGCUGCCCACGAGCUUCAUCAGCGACUUCCUGCGCGACACGUGGGACGUCCAGAUCCACAUGUUCAACAACACGCUUCUCGGGGGAGGGCACGCGCUGGACUCGGCAUACCAGGUCUUAGCGGACGCGGGCGUCCGAGUCCUGGUCGACCACGGCACGUCCGACGUCACGUGUCCGAUCGUCGGCAGCGAAGCGCUCGCGCGCAAAUACGCCAACGUGGAGCUGCGGCGCUGCGAGGGCGCGGAUCACUUAGAAGUGGUCCUCGGACGGGAACGGGAGGUCAUGAUUGGGAUCUUGGAAGAAGUGACCCUCGGAGAACAGCGGCGCCGCGCGGAGCAAGUCGAGUCGGCGGGGCGCAGCCCGAUCUAGUUCUCUUCGCGCCGAGGAUGGGGGCUCGUGAUUGAGGUUUUAGGACAGUAGCUGGGGUGUGACGAUGGUGGCGCGCCGCGCGGAUAGAAUCGGCUGAACGCAGCACGGUUUAGUUAGACUAUCAAAGCUAUUGUUUGUGAUUCGCGCGGGCAGGGGCACGGGCUCGAGAUUCCAGAAGCAGCGGCCGGGGCGGAGCAGCGGCGCAAUGGCACGCCGGUGGAGUCAGCGGGGCUCAGUUCGGUCUAGUUAUGAUGGUCACUAUUCGUACUCGCCAUAGCCAAUAGGCCAUAGGCUUAAUGAUGUAACAGUGACGAGCGAGAGGGGCUUUAUGUCUGUCGUUGGGCCGGGUGUUAGAGAUGGUCGGCACGAUGAGAAUAGAGCCAAAAGCAACGGGUGCGGACGGUGGCGACUGAGAGGGGCGCUGCGCAUUAAUAAAUUAGCUUCAAAAUUGGUUGGAGUAACACAUAUUGAGCUUCGUCAAGUAUUAUGGUAUAUAAAGCUGAGGCGGUAUUCGAUAGCUGCGCCGCCCGCAAAUUACCCGUAGUCGAGUCAAAAGCAUUUACAUCCAACCAUUUUUUGAGGCUUGAGGUCUAUAUCACCUACUCUACAUUACAAGUGGAUCAUCAUUGGGGACGAGGUCGUAUUGGAAUUGUUACCAGAAGGGAUACAAGAUUCUUAUGAUUGACAAUUGAUCUAUAGACAAUGCUCG